AUGGCGCAUCAGAAGGAGGUAGCCGCUGCUGAGACUAGCGAGGCCAUGGAACGACGGUUCCGGCCCAUCGCGCCCAAGCCCCUACCGGCGUCGCCUCCACCAAUGCCUAUCGGCACCACGGUGAGUAGCACCCUAUUGGGGCCGCACAAGCGCAACCGUCAGGACUAUCUUGUGCCAUCUCCGAUGUCAAAGAGGGAGAGGGAUGCGAUGUCUUACCCUCCGCCUCCGGUAUGGUGGGCCACCGGCGAUGGCGAGGUGCCUGUGGUGAUGAGGGCAUGGUGCAUGCGCGAGAGUUUUCUUCCAGGUUGUGAAGAGCACCUCCGGGGACUUUCUCUUGAGGGGUCUUCCGUUUCACCGUGGGCGCCGUCCCCAGAUGCAGGGCAGCGGUUGUUCCCUGUGGAGCGCGACUUGAUCUCAAAGUUGCAGGUGCCCAAAGUCAUCAAGCCUCGUCCUGCUCGCCCCGUGCGCACCAUCAUCUGCAUCGACUGCAGCAGCAUCGUUGUUGCCACCACCUCGGCGGUGGAAGUGGCUAUGUCCAAGAAGACGCCGAGAGAAGUGGAGGUCGAGCUGGAGUUGCCCGAUGCUCUCCCAGCCAUCGUGUCGGGCUGCAACAAUAACCGCGUCUACCUAGCAAAUGAUGCAUACAAGGCGAUGGUGGGGCAACCAGUAUGCCCGUGGCUUGACUCCCUGCCCGGCGCCGGCGCAUCUAGGAGGAUCAACGGUGAGGUGGUGCUGAGUGUGGGGGCGUUUAGCACUACGUCGCACUUGCCGAGCAUCAGAUGUGCUUUCCCAUGCACUGCAAGGAUCUCGUGGGAGCGUGAGGACGCCAGUGCAUCGCUCACUGUGCCGUGCGCCGUUGAGCGCCUAACCAGUAACCGCGAUGACUACUGCUUCAUUUGGAGGUUUGACUCUGAGAAAGCAUCCAUCAUGUACUGCAUCACAUAA